AAUGAGUGAGUGUGUGUGAGUGCAUGCAUGUGGUGAAGGAAAAAGUCGCAUUAGGCGGAGAUAGUCCGAACCCGCAGUUGCUAUCUCUUGUUGUUCUCCCAUUUGGGCCGAAGAUUAGACAGCCGAGGGUGUACUGGGUAGGCUCGAGCUCGAGUUGUGGUACAUGUGCAACACUUGUGCUCUCUCGAACGAUACGAAACUGCAGUUGGGUGACAUUCAUGGCCAGGAGGAACAACCGUGUGCUCACACCGGGUUCGAAAGCCGUCCUGACCUGACUGGAUGAACUGCCGUCACAUUGCCGAGGAUCGCGAGGCACGCAUGAACGCACACAUGUUUGGGCUGCCAAGGGCAUCGACGUCCAUCCAGUGAACGGGAACCCGACUCUUGGUGCGGACUGCUGAGGCCACAACUGUGAUUUUAAUAUUUUUUUCAAUCCCACCCCGGCUCCACGAGGGAAAGAAGACGAGCUCCUGUUUUGUCUUUGACUGAGCUGGGCGAGUGCAAAAGGUAGGACGUGUGGGCAAAUCACUGAUCUGUUGCUCUCACUCUCUUUGACUCUCUCACUCUAACUUCCUCACGUUCGCCCCCCGAAGUUUAGAAAGGCUGAUGAGAUCGUCCUCGGCCUCCUCAUCGUCAGUGUUAAUUUUGUUUUCGAAAGUCAUUCUUCAUAAACACUCUUCCUCCUGGUCUUCGUCAUUCCCAUCCACUUCAAGUCUUGCUCACAACUUCCAACAUCCUGGAGGAGCUCUACACGAAAUUCUCUAAACAAAAACCUCUUCUGACAAGUUUCAAACUCCUCCGAAACGGAUCUGUUGGAGAGAAAAGUGAUUUAAAGCCCAUCCUUGAGCUCUCAAUUGUGAUCGCAGGGCAACCAGCUACCAGCCUUAAACCUGGCAACCGUUCAAUAGCCAACGGCCAAUCCGUGUUUCCAAGACCUUGUUCUCGCUCAGGCGUUUUCGUGAACCCGUGGUGGCACAGUGAGUGAAAACCCGGCCGCUACGUUCCAAUAUUGCUCUCUACACGAUUAUGCUCAUGCCUGCUGCUUCUGCCAGUCCCUUGCCCACGGUCAUGCAAAACGGCUCUGUCGUUGCCGCAAAUGGUCAAACCUCUGCGGCUGGACUAUCGUCUGUGAGCGUUAACGGAACCAUCGCACCCUCAGUAUCCCCUCCAGUUGUCGGCAAUCCACAGCUGGCCCCUCAAGCACAACAGCAACAGUCUACCUUGCUAGGGGGUCAAGUGUCGACGGUUCAACAGCCUGCUUCAGUCUCUCCCACCACGGCAACCAUGACAGUGCCCACGGCCGCUUCGGGGGCAACCGCUCUGGGAAGUAUCCUUCCCGCCCAACAAUCGGUCAACACUCUACCUUCAAUGCAAACCAUGGCGGCUCUGCAACAAUCCGUAGCCGCUGCAGCCGGUAUCCCGACCCUUCAGACGGCUCCGACGCCCCAUUCUCAGGGUCAAAAGGACACCACCCUCACCAAGUUGUUUGUGGGUGGUCUACCCUACCACACCACUGAUAAGUCUCUUCGUGAACACUUUGAGGUCUAUGGUGAAAUUGACGAAGCUGUUGUGAUUACCGACCGACAAACCGGGAAGUCUCGAGGCUAUGGAUUUGUGAUAAUGGCGAACAAAGAGGCAGCCGAACGUGCUUGUAAAGAGCCGAACCCAAUCAUUGAUGGCCGUAAAGCCAAUGUCAAUCUUGCAAUCCUUGGUGCCAAACCCAGAGGAAAUUCAUUGUCUGGUCUGCCCUUGGCCACCCUUCAGAGGUUUCCGACCGCCUUAAUGCCAAGCCAAUAUGGCACCACUGAUUUUUCAUCCCUGGCUGCAGCUGCACAAGCAGCCCAAGCUGCCCAGCAUCUUGGUGUGAGUGUGUCUCUCCCUUCAGCCGCCACGGCUGCCAUAGCUGCUCAGGCAGCUGCAUCGUCACCAGUCACAGCUGCAGCAUUACAGGCAGCGGCCGCUGCAGCUGCCAGUGUGAACCACAAUUCGGUUACAGCUGGGCCUGGUGCCAAUGUUGUGGGCGCUGGGAGCAGUCUGGCCGGGGGCGGUCCUGCUGGGGGUGGCAAGGCCAGGAGCAGUAUGUCUCUACAGCUCAUUUCUGGGAGAGUGCCCACCACAGUGUCUACGCCCGUGAGCAAUCCUUAUUUGACCUCGCUGUAUGCGGCAUCAGCUUACCCCUCUAGCCACAUGCAGGGAGCUGGGGGAGCGGGUCUGUUCUCUUUGGCGGCAGCUCAAGGUAACCCAGGAUCCAACAGCAAUCAUUUGGCAGCACUCUCAGGAGCUCCGCAAGGAUCUGGUAACCCGCUACUGGACGCCUAUAACCAAUAUGCAGCCCUCCUUGCUGCCCAAUAUGGAGCCCAACAUGUCCCGACCACGAUGGCCUCCAACUUCAAUGGGCUUGAUCCCGUCCAACAUGCAGGUGCAUCUUCGGCCUAUUUCCCGGCCAAUUACGCCUACCAGUUCCCAAGUCAAAUGGGACACCUUCAACACGCUGCACUGGGCCAAGCAGGUGCGGGCAUUCCAGCCUAUGCCGCCUCAGCCGGUCCCACCACGGCUGUGAAUCAGCAAGCGGCAACUGCGGGUGCUGGAGCGCCUGACGGUCGAAUCCAAUGAAAUGGAUUAUUGAUCCCGAGACCUUUUGUAAACGAAUAGAUCUUUAAGCGAUACCUUCAUUUCUAACCUUACAACAAUCCCCAUCCCCACCCGCCUUCUUGAGAACUGUAUUAUUAAAUGAUAAACAAGAUCUUACUCAUGAUAACUAGCGCCUGGACACCCAAAAUAAUCGCAUUCACCUUCAAGACACACCCGCAAACAUUCAAGCACCAUUCUCUUCAACAUCAUUCAUUCGCGGUGUAGGGCUCUCGAAUCAUAGUUGUAUUAUUGCAAGUCAAGAUCUAUCGAGAGAGAACGGACGAUAUCUCAAUAAUGAUAAUAAUGAAAAUAAUAAUAGUAUCAUCAUCAUCAUCAUCAUUAUCAUCUACGUACAUCAUGCACGGUACAUACUGCUACCGCUACUUCUAUAACAUGACAUCACUUUAUGUACAGUUAUAUCUAUUUAUAUUCUAAUGCUAUCCUUACGUUGGUAGUUGUACUUUCAACAUCAUCAUCAUUAUUACAACAACAAAGGUUCCCCCCCCACCAAAGCCCGGGAAACUGUUUAGCCAAAUUCUACCUAGUCCCAUUCAAGACAAGACGGCGACAAUGAACCGCUUUUCUUGCAAAUUAACCCUAUCCUCGAAACCCGAUUUCAUUUGGAAUGUUUUCGCCCUCUUUGAACUCCAUUCACAGCCCUUCAACUCGAAAUCAAAGAUAGCUUUAAAGAGACCAAGAUUUUCAAAUGCAUUCUGUUUCAAUUAAGAUACUAGUCACCAUUGAAGCAAUCCAAUGAAGUGCCUUCGGAAGGAAAACAAAUGAGCAUUAGAGAAACAGACAUACGCCAAGAGUGACAGAUAAACAAAUACAGGAAUGAACCUCAAAGAAAUCACCACAAGUGCCUAUGAUGACUAUGAGAUCGGGGAUCGAUCGAGCCACUACUUUGCCUGUUAAAGGGUGGCUGACAUUCCCGAUCUUUGUUCUUCGUUCAACAUCUUUUGAUACCAAGACCUCUCUGUUAUUCUGUAUGUAUUGUGAACUAUUCAAUUGCAUGAUGACUCCAGGUAGUUGUCAUCUUGAAAUUGCUCAAUGAUUCGUUGACUUCUCGUUCACCCCUCAAGGCCCUCGGGAAUGUUUCAUUUCCGGAUGGAACCAAUUUUAAAGAGAUAUAAUGUGUGUGUGUGUGGACAUGAAUCAAUUGCAAUCAACUGUGAUUGUCGAAAGAUUCAUUUGUCCAUAGACCUUCAAAUGACCAGGGAUAUAGUGCAAUUUUUAGUUUCCCUGACCCCUUAGAGUCCGAUGCAAACGGACACUUACCCAAUUAUCCCUGUCUGUCCGUGAACAAAUUCAAACUUACCGUGACUACUAUCGUCUAUUAUUUCUACGAAAAAUCCCUUCACCAAUCUGAUGUACAUACCAAUUCUAGCCAAGGAUAAAUAAAACCGAUACUAUA